GAUUAUCUUUCACCAGAGUAGCCGUGUUGCACCCGAGAAGACCGGAGUGAACACACCGUAGGCUAUAUCUAAUGACGGACAAAUCCGCGUCUCACCGAGGACGAAAACGAGACGCAAUCCAUCUGUUUUCAUAACCGAUGCGGGUAUUUGUGCGGUUAUCUCACCGGAUGGACGCUACAUAUUCUCUUCGAUCGUGCCUUUUUAAAUGCUAAGAUGCUCUGACAGCGCGUGGAUGUGACAUUUAAUCGAGAUAUGUAUUAUGACGUGCGGUAAGCAUGCGGUGUUUUCGGUGAAUGUGCGUGCAUUAGUGUCUCCUGAGCACUUCCAUGAAUGUGGUCUGGUGGAGGACUCUUGAGGACUGUGAAGUGGGUUGUAGAUCUGAGGACUGUUGAUAUACGAGUAUGACGGCUCUAAGUUUCGGCUCGAAUUAUCCGAUAAACAGUUUUAAGUAGCCUAAAUCUUCUUGCGUCUGGAGGUGAAAAACCCUGCAAACUUGUCUAUCUAAUCUGUGGAGCGCUACCUUUUCUGUCUGGGCUCUUCUGGUGUGGGUGUCUCUUCAUUAUCUCAGCUGGACUUCAACUCAUGCAAAGCAGUUUGAUCUCACCGUGCAGUCUCCCGCUUAGUCAACAGAUCCAACCUCAUAGCAACUCAGUCAGGGGCCCCUGUCUGACAGCAUGGGAUGCCUGCUGGAGUCAACCUCAGGAGCGGCACCUCUCUUCCUUUAAGUAGGCUAGUCUACUUUUAGUGUCAUAACAACAUCACUCAGUCUCCAAAAUAUUAUGGGAUAUCAUUUGCUUUCUGGUAAAUGAUGCUGACCGCGUCCACACUCACACAAGCGAUAUGGUGUGAUGGUAAAUAGCCAAGCGAACUGCUUCUCUGAAAACCACGCGAGAGUUGGCCCUCUACGCGGCUGGCCAUCUGGAACCCACACGACCCGCCGACAGGUGUGACCAGCCCCCGGCACGCGCCAUGGAUGAUUCUGGGAUCAUCCGAAGACGGAGGCUGCAGGAUCUACCUCUGCCUCGGAAAAGUAGCAGUUGCCGAACCAGUAACCGGAAAAGCCUCAUCCUGACCAGUACGUCACCUACCUUGCCGAGGCCACACUCUCCACUGCCUGGACACAUAGGAAGCAGUCCACUGGACAGCCCACGCAACUUCUCACCAAGCGGACCUGCCCACUUCUCUUUUGCCUCUUCUCGAAGGGCUGAUGGUCGAAGAUGGUCUCUGGCCUCUCUGCCUUCCUCAGGAUAUGGCACCAAUACACCCAGUUCAACGUCAUCCAGCUCGUCUCAGGAGCGUCUGCACCAGCUGCCCUUCCAGCCAACCAUGGAUGAGCUGCACUUCCUGUCCAAGCACUUUGGCAGCACAGAGAGCAUCACAGACGAUGACGGGGGGCGACGUUCGCCACAUGUCCGCCCUCGCUCCAGAAGCCUCAGCCCGGGGCGCUCUCCAUCCUGCUAUGACAAUGAAAUAGUAAUGAUGAACCAUGUCUACAAGGAGCGCUUCCCCAAGGCUACGGCUCAGAUGGAGGAGAGGCUGGCAGAGUUCAUCCAGAACUACUCCCCAGAGAGUGUUCUUCCCCUGGCUGACGGGGUCCUCAGCUUCAUCCAUCACCAGAUAGCUGAGAUGUCCAGAGACUGCCUGACCAAAUCCCGCGAGGGGCUCAUAACCAGCGUUUACUUCUGUGAGCUGCAGGAGAACCUGGAGAGGUUGUUGAAUGAUGCGUAUGAGCGCUCAGAGAGUUCUGAGCUCACCUUCGUCACUGAGCUUGUCAAAAAGCUCUUCAUCAUCAUAUCUCGUCCUGCCAGGCUGCUGGAGUGUUUGGAAUUCAACCCAGAAGAGUUUUACCAUCUACUGGAGGCUGCAGAGGACCACGCCAAGGAGGGACAGCUUAUGAAGGCAGACAUCCCAAGAUACAUCAUCAAUCAGUUGGGGCUAACCAGAGACCCACUGGAGGAAAUCGUGAGCCUUGACAGCUAUGACAGCGAGGGUCCACACACUCCUGAGACGGAUGACUCUGCAGAGGGAAAAGGGAGAUCCAUCAAGCCACCAAGUGAGGAAGACUUUCAGACUAUCAAACUCAUCAGCAAUGGAGCUUAUGGUGCCGUCUAUCUAGUACGCCACAGGGAAACCCGUCAGCGUUUUGCCAUGAAGAAGAUCAACAAGCAGAAUCUGAUACUGAGGAACCAGAUCCAACAGGCGUUUGUGGAGAGGGACAUCCUCACCUUUGCUGAGAAUCCCUUCGUUGUCUCCAUGUUCUGCUCUUUUGAAACUCGGCGACACCUCUGCAUGGUCAUGGAAUAUGUGGAAGGGGGUGACUGUGCCACUUUGUUGAAAAACAUCGGGGCUCUACCGGUGGAGUUGGCAAGGAUGUAUUUUGCAGAAACUGUUUUGGCCCUUGAAUAUCUACACAACUACGGUAUCGUUCACAGGGACCUCAAACCUGACAAUCUCCUGAUCACCUCCAUGGGACACAUUAAGCUCACAGACUUCGGUUUGUCAAAGAUGGGCCUAAUGAGCCUCACCACCAACUUGUAUGAAGGGCACAUAGAAAAAGAUGCCCGAGAGUUCCUGGACAAACAGGUUUGUGGGACUCCAGAGUACAUCGCUCCAGAGGUGAUUCUUCGUCAAGGCUAUGGGAAGCCGGUGGAUUGGUGGGCCAUGGGCAUCAUCCUCUAUGAGUUCCUGGUGGGCUGUGUGCCUUUCUUUGGAGACACUCCUGAGGAGCUGUUUGGUCAGGUCAUCACAGAUGAUAUAGUUUGGCCAGAUGGUGAUGAGGCUUUGCCUGCAGAUGCCCAGGCCCUCAUCUCUGCUCUGCUGCAGACCAACCCUCUUGUAAGGCUUGGGACAGGUGGAGCCUUUGAGGUGAAGCAACACUCAUUCUUCACUGAGCUGGACUGGAACAGUUUGCUAAGGCAGAAGGCAGAGUUCAUCCCUCACCUGGAGUCCGAGGAGGACACCAGCUACUUUGAUACCCGCUCAGAUCGUUAUCGCCACAUCAAUACGUACGAUGAGGAUGACACCAAUGAUGAUGAGCCAGUGGAGAUCAGACAGUUCUCCUCCUGUUCCCCUCGCUUCAGCAAGGUGUACAGCAGCAUGGAACAUCUUUCUCAGCUGGAGCAGAAAGCCACAACCUCAGUGUCACGUCGGGAGCACAAGGGCCCAAGGGAGGACAAGGUGACCAAGAGGGAGAGCCUGGGCAGCUUCAGCAUGAGGGACAAGAGCUGGAGAACUGGAUCCCCUGAGAUGAAGCGCCUGUCCUGUUCAGAGUCUCUUUACUCAGAAGGAGAUGCCAGCCCUCCUCUGGGUGCCAGGCGCCGCUUUUCAGCUUUAAUGGAUACACAUCGCUUUGCCUCACCUCUCGAAGGUGAGUCGGAUUUCCUGACUCGUCAGAACCCCAUAAAGAUCCGAGGGACCUCUCUAGAUGGGACCACUGUUCCCUCACCAAGCCUGCUGGAGCAGAGGGCCAGUCUGAAGGAGAUCAAUGGAGCAGACAAAUCCCCUAGACCAGGAGAGACUCCAAUCGUAACCUCAGCCAUCACCACAUUAUCCCCAGGUCCUGCAGCAGCUAGUCGUGAUGUGAUGACUCCUUUGUAUGACCCUCUUGGGCCCCGGGCCACGAAUGACCUGGUCCUCCGCAGGGCACGCCACCACCAUUUGUCUGGUGAUGGAGAGAAGCGGAACUCCAGACCAGGCAACAAAGUCAUCAAGUCAGCCUCGGCCACAGCUCUGUCUGUCAUCAUACCAUCAGUGGAACAGCAUGGUGGGUUUUCUCCACUGGCCAGCCCCAUGUCCCCGCACUCUUUCUCCUCCAAUCCGUCGUCGCGUGACUCCUCACCCAGCAGAGAUUUCUUCCCUGCUGUCAGUGUGCUGCGCUCCCCCAUCACCAUCCACCGCUCUGGGAAGAAGUAUGGCUUUACUCUCAGGGCCAUCAGGGUCUACAUUGGCGACAGUGAUAUCUACAGCGUGCAUCACAUUGUUUGGCAUGUGGAAGAGGGUGGCCCUGCCCAGGAAGCUGGCCUAUGUGCUGGUGACCUCAUCACUCACGUCAACGGAGAACCCGUCCAUGGACUGGUCCACACUGAAGUGGUAGAGCUUAUCCUGAAGAGUGGCAACAAGGUGACAGUGACAACCACGCCUUUUGAAAACACCUCCAUUAAAGUGGGCCCGGCCCGUAAGGCAAGCUACAAGUGUAAGAUGGCAAGACGAAACAAGAGGACGAUGGGCAAAGACAGUCAGGACAGUAAGAAGCGCAGUCCUUUAUUCCGUAAAAUCACGAAACAGUCCAAUCUGCUCCACACCAGCCGCAGUCUGUCGUCUUUGAAUCGCUCUCUGUCCUCCAGUGAGAGUCUUCCUGGCUCCCCAACUCACAGCUUAUCUGCCCGAUCCCCAACUCAGGGCUACCGCUCCACCCCUGAACCCGCAUACCUGGGUGCUUCUUCCCAGAGCAGCUCUCCCGCCUCCAGCACUCCAAACUCCCCUUCUCCAUCUCAGCACAUGAGGCCCAGCUCCCUGCAUGGCCUCUCCCCAAAACUUCACCGCCAGUAUCGCUCUGCCCGUUGUAAGUCUGCUGGGAACAUCCCACUGUCCCCGUUAGCCCACACCCCCUCACCAACCCAGUCUUCCCCUCCACCCUUACCAGGCCACACUGUAGGGAGUUCUAACACCACCCAGUCCUUCCCUGCCAAGCUCCAUUCCUCACCCCCAGUGGUGCGUCCCAGGCCAAAGAGCGCAGAGCCCCCACGAUCGCCUCUCCUCAAACGGGUGCAGUCAGCAGAGAAGUUGGGCUCGCCUUUGACCCAGUCCAGUUCUACGGGAGGGCUUGGAGGUCCGCUGAGGAAGCACAGCCUGGAAGUGCAGCACUCUGAGUACCGCAAGGAUGCAUUCCUCUGUGAGCUUGGGCUCCAGAGCCUUCUGGAGACAGAGGGGGAAAAUUUGCCUCCUAAUCCUCCACCCCUGCCAUCAUCCUCAACUGCCCCGGAGACCGGUAUGCUGAAGCCUGUGAGGAGACUCGGGAGACAGGAGUCUCCACUCAGCAGGGAAACCCUGCUGGCUGGAAGAGAGAGGGAAGAGAGGGAGAGAGGAAGGGACCCAGAGAGGGAGACUGGGACGAGCCGAGUUGGAGGAACGGGAUCACAGUUAUACUUAGCUAGAAAACCUCAUUCAAGUGAAAUUAACAUGAACUCACAAAGCUCCAGACUAAGUACAGAAACCACUAAAUCUAUAAUUCCUGGCACACCUGUCAAAACCACAGGAGGCUCAGAGGGACAGAAGGGACCAGAGAAGAUCUCCCAGAGUCAGGCAGACAUACCAACAAGACAACUAGAAGCCAAGGCUGCCAAAAGUGUGUCAUCUACUGGUAAGGAUUCCCAGCAGCAGCAGUUUCAGGGCAAACCUGAGCCAAAGCAGGAAGGAGACAACAAAAUUAGGUCUGGUUUACAGGGUGUUGCCUUCUGCAAGAGCGCGUCUGCUCCGGAUAAAACCUCGGGAAUCAACAAAACAGUGACAGGAGCUCCUCUGAGCAUAAACAAAGCAUUUAAAUCAUCAAGUAUGGGGGAAAGCCUGAGAAAGGCUGACAGCAAUGACUCAAGGACUCCAGACCUCGGCUCCAAAAGUCCCAAACUUCCAGCUCGGGUCCUAGCUCCUGUGGUGCCUCCACACGGAGGACCGAUCUCACUGAGCAAAGUGAGGCAGGGCCUGGGUUCUGUCAACUGCUACCGGGGGACCCUUGACUGGGAGGACAAAUGUCGCCUGGAAGUGGUGGAGGAGCAUUCGCCCUCUCCUUCACCCUCUCCGACAGCAGUCACACCUUCCCUCUGCGGACCUUCCCUCUGCAAGUCGCGACCUGUCUCCCCCGGCGACAAGACAAGCUUCGUCAGCCAGCUGACCACCGUGGCCAAAAAUGUCCUCGGGCCAAUAAAGCUUGGUUCUCAGGAGGGGGCAAAGAGCAAAGACCAGCAGACUAAGGCAUCAGAGGAGAAGCAGAGCAGUGUAGCGGGAAAGUCUGACACUCCUGCUGGAGCUCGAGCAGUUUCCAGCGCUGCUGUGGUUACCCAAAGUCCCGCUGGUUCACCAUUUGAGAAAACUGCAGCUGGUAGCAGCUUUCCAAAAAUGUGACCCCAUCGGUCUUUAAAUUAGACUUCAGAAAAAAAAAAAAACAUAAAAAGAUGCCUUUUUUUAUUGAAAAACAAUGAAACAGAGGACAAGCACUUAAAAACGAUGCACAUUCCAGUUUCAGAGUCUAUAAAGUGUUAUUUAUUGAUUCAAAUCAUUAACUGAUUCUAACUUAAAACCAGGAUUUAGAAAAAAUCAAAUAUAAAGGUGCAUUAACUGUUGAUUUUCUAUUAUGAAUUAUUUAUUGAGAAGACUCGUAAUAAUGUAACGUGAAACACUUUAUCAGAUGUAUAUGUGUGGGUCAAUGUGAACGCAUGUCAUGUGGUAUCUACUGUACAUGUAUAAUAGUUCCAAGAAGGUGAAAAAGUGCUUUACUGAUCAAAAGAUGCUGAAUACUGUGAAUACCAAAACGUGUCACUAUUUUCCAACCAAACCUCUUUUUUUCUUACCGCUUUUCAACUGGGACACUGAAACAGUUCAGUUGUUAUGUUUGUAAAACACUGUACACACACAGCAUCAGUUUGGCUACGUUGUAAAAGAGGAACGAGGAAGCUUUUUUACUCCUUAUCCCCCAGUUUACUUUCUCAUGGCCAGAUGAAGACAAAGCAAGGGUUCAGUCAGCUGAUGCUGAUUUCAGACCUAUCUAGCUCAGCUUGUCACAUGGGACUCUGUGCGAGAGUCUGAAGGUUCUUGAAAGCUGCAUCCCACUGAAGAAGAAAGCGGGAAAGCCGGAGCUCCGGUUAAAGGCUUAUCUCUCUCUUGCAGGAAGGCCACCAUAGCCCUUUUCUCCCUUCGCCUCUGACUGCAGAAAUACACUUGAAAACACUUGAAUUGCCACAGGAGGCAGCAGUGUCAGCAACAAAUUUCCAUGCAUUUUAAUCCCAUACCCCUGUUGUAUUCCAUGAAUUGGGACACAAUUAUGAUUAAGUUUAGAAGGCUGUGAACAUGUCUGCAUCUUUUCAGGGGACCGUCAUGGUUGAUUAUGACAUAAAAACAGCUUGGAAAUUUGCAUUUAGAAUCCUGUAAUAACUAAUAACUGAUUUUGCUAACAUGAAGGAAACCCUUUGUAGUUUGAUCAAUAUGAAUACAAUGCAGGUGGCUUUUGUGAGAAUGGUGUGGAAAGGCAUAACAGCACAUACACAGCAACCUGGAGUGCUGUCAGUCAGGCAGGCAUGGAUGUAGCAAUGUAGGUUUAAUCUGAAAGAUUGUUAGAAGUACGCAUGUCAGAAUGACUUAUGUAAAACUCCGAGGGACAUGAUAAUGGUGACUCAGCCGGUAACCUCAGUCAUACUGCUGAUAAAUACUGGAAAAACAAUUAUCUUCCUCACUCACUGGUCAUCAUCACUUUCUUAUAGUUCUUAACUAUCAAAUGUACAUAACCUUAUGCAAAUCAUUUAGAGCUGUGUGGGUAUGGACAUGUCCACAAAGGAUGUUGAUUCAAAGUUACAGUGUGUAACAAGAACAGAAAUCCAUUUUUAAAGGGUUGUAUUAUAAAAGAAUAUAUGAAAAUGGUAUCUAAUCACUCGAUAGAAUGUCAGCGGGUCCUUCGGCACUGGAGGACGUCCAUUUGACCAUGAUGUAAGCCAUGUAGAAGAAGGGUAUUCAGAAUUUGUGAUUUUUGAGAGCACAUAGUUAAAAAAUUGAGGAUCAUAGUUAUUAUGUGAAGCAGGAACAAGCAUGAGGUGUGUAUCAACCUUCCUAAGAAGCAAAACAUAAAAAAGAAUGGUGAUUUAAAGGUGCAGCGUGUAAGCAAAUUGAAGGUCAGUAACAACAUUUUAAUAUUUCAUUAAUUUGGUACCUAAUUACUAAAGUUACUGUUAAUGUUUUUAUUUUCUUCUUUGCUGUGGGUCCACAGACAGUAUAGCCACCAAAUUUCAGCAACCAUUUUUACAAUGGUGUCUUUGUGUGAGUUUUAAAACUGCAGUACUGGCUUUGUUUGAUAGGUGCUAGAGCACCGUUUGGGAUAAGUAAUGCUUCAAAAGACACAGAAGAAGACAGUACACAUGCAUACAAUGUUAAAGUAGUUACCUGAAAGAAUUUUGGCCACUGAUGGCCACCGUCCAUUCACAGCUGUGCUCGGUAUUUGAAACCAUUUCUCUCUCCAUCUUUACCAGUAGAUGUUAGUAAUUCUUACACAUAAUACCUUUAAGGUUGGACAAAAGCAGCAAACUUUAAAAAAAAAAAAAAAAACAAUGGUGUGGCUUGAAAAUUGCUGAUGAAGAACAAAGCUUUUAUGAAGUUGCUUGUCAGGUAAUUUAGCCUUUAUGUAAUUUACCAUGCAGAUGCAGUUUGUUGUUAGAUCGUGGGGUGGACAACAAUUGAGAUGGUCGCUAAUUCCAACUUGACCACUAGAUGUCAGUAAUUGUUGCACACUGUUCCUUUAAUCCAGAUUUACUUGUUAAAUGUCACUUUUGUUUAGUUUAAAUAAACCAGGUUCCACAAAUGCUAAAGACAGGAUUCAGCCAGCAGCUGUGGCAUGUAAAUUAGAAAUGAAGGUAGAGGACUAAAAUGUGUUUUUUAAUUCCAAACCUUUUUUACUCGUGGUUCAGUCUGCACAACAAAUAUCUGACAUUAAUGUUCCAGCUUGUUCUUCAGCCUCUGCUCCCAUCAUUUUGGACUCUGUGUACAGUUUUUGGUGGGGGCAGCUGCCUGUUGUCUUACCAGAGCCGUUGUACUUGCUGUAAUCAAUGUUUUCAUCUCAUCUGUCAUUAGUAUAAAAAGCAUGUCACAUGUAGUACAUGCGUUA